AUGAAUUCGCCGAUAGCUCCGAUUUUUCUUGAGCCUAACCUCGGCGAGCUUCCGGGAAGUUUGCGCCGGAAACCUCAUAAUGACGCAGCUACUGGAGCAUCUGCCGCAGGCGUUCGCGCUCUCAGUGCACAGAUGGUGGCCUUCUAUUUCAGAGCGCCGAUCAAGGCUUUUUUCCGUAUGCGUGUGGAUGUUGGUGCUGUUCUCUACACCUCCUACCUCCAGGUUUUGGGGGCUCUACAUGAGCCGGUGUCACAGGGGGCCAAGCGAGUUUGGCCCCCGGCUCCACCAUCUUCAACAUUUGCUGCUGGAUAUGCUGCUGGUACAAUUCAAUCGAUUGUAGCUGCACCUCUGGAUGCACUACAAGUUCGCUUUCAAACUAGUGACAUGCUGGAGGGUCAGUAUCGGAGUAUGUGGCAUUAUGGCCAUCAAAAACUUAAGCAGAUUGGUCUCCGAGGCGUCUUUGCAGGCUGGAGCCUUUCCUUCAUGCGGGAUUCACUUGGUUAUGCUGUGUUCUUCUCCUCGUUUGAAUACAUCAAGUCACAAUCCUACUACUCUUUUGUCACAUGGUACUACGGGUCUCUGCAAGCUGACUGUGUGGGCAAGCUCUCAUCGUCUGAGUUGAGUGACCGUGGUGUGCCACUCAUCAAGCCCCACUACGCACUGGAGCCCUGUUUCCUAAUGAUGGCUGGCGUUGUGGCAUCGAUCGCUCAGCAAACUAUUCAGCAUCCUCUGAGUAGAAUCCAAACCCUUCAUCUUGGUCGACUGGAAUAUCUGGAUCAUCAGGCCAGUUUCAUUCCCUCGCGACACAAAAUGAUACAAUUAUACUACCAUGCCUAUCAGGAGACCUUGAAAAGGUGCAAACGGAAGGCUGCACGGGCCGGGGGCUGGUGUUCCUGGCUGUUUCGCGGGUUUAUUGGGAGUUCUGUCCGUCAAGUACCUAGCACUAGCGCUGGCCUUAUUAUUUUUGAACUGGUGCGUCGACGGUACGCAAGUCUGGCGGACGCUGUUCAUAUUCAGAGUGACGGGUAUGACAUCCUUCUCACUUAG